CAUCGGUCGCCGCCGGGAAGAGGCGCCAUUGCUGCUAGCUUCCCGCGCCCUCCGGAGGCCGAUUUGGCGGGCUCUGGCGCCUGCAAAGGCCUGUUAAGUGGCACUUUUUCUUCCCUUUGAACUUUGUCUGAGGUGUGCGCCUGAAGCAGGAGUUGAAGAUUUACCAGUCCUAAGUGACCAAGCAGUUUUGCAAAUAACCCUCCAGCAAGUUUAAAAAUAAUUAGGCCCAACUCAGAGAAAGCGGAGUUGCUCUGGUUGCACAAAAAAUGUCUAGCUGCUCCAGUGAAGUCGAUGUGAUAAGAACACGAAUCCCUGCUUAUGAUGAUGAUAACACUGUUCUUUAUGCAUAUGAACCAAAUACUGCAUAUUUCAAUAAUCAGGCAAGUGUCAUGUCUAACACGUCCUACAACGAAGAGCAACAAAAAACAGUUCUGGAUGUCCUUACUCACUGCCAGGUCAUCUAUGAUGCUAUUCAAAACCUGGAUAAGAAGUUUGAUGUUAUUCAUGGAAAGGUUACAAAAAUCCACCGUUUUUGUGUGAAGUCAUUGUGGCAAAAUCGUAAGCCACUUGGAUAUGCAUAUAAAAAUUAUAGUUACCUGCUUUCUAGAAAGAUCAAAUACCAGAAAAUGAGGAAGAAGGACCCUUCCUCUCCAUUCUCUUACCCUGCAAGUUACAGCCCUACUGUGCCAGUACGAAGGCCAGAAAAUGAUUCCCAGAGCGACCCUAUAGUAACAUCUUUUCAGUCCAAGGCAUCUCCCAAGCAGGAGCAGGAGCAGGAGCAGGAGCCAGGCCUCAACCAGAGCCCGAAGUUCCCCUCCGUCUUCCCGCAUUCCUACCAGCACUACGGGCCCAAGUGCUCCAUGCCUUGCUUCCACGGUCCAGCGGCCCACGGCACCUGCAGUCAUUCCUUAGCCAUCCCGUCCGCUGCAGUCGAACCUGCAACCGUGCUGACCAAGAGUGAACGCAGUCCAGAGCGUAACCCUGACAUGAUGGCCUACCCAGCUUCACUGGAAAACGGUAGAUUCAGCCAUGCUGGCUCACCUCUCUACAACCCGACCAGCUACUCUCCAACUUCACCAGUUAGAAAUGACCAGGGUGACUUCACACAACCCUUCCCUGAUGACCCUUCAACCUGGUCUGUGGAUGAAGUGAUCCUGUUUCUGGAACAUGUAGAUCCUCAGAUGUCAAGCGUCCUCCCCCGCCUCUUCAGGCAACAUGACAUUGACGGGAAGGCUCUGCUGCUGCUCAAGAGUGACAUGAUGAUGAAGUACAUGGGGCUGAAGCUGGGGACAGCUGUGAAGCUGGGCCACUACAUUGAAAGGCUUACGAAAGACGGAUACUUCAGUUUUAAGUGUGUCGAUUAGAUUGGACUUAAUUCUAGGGAGACCAAUGCCAUCUUUUCUCUGCCCUUAGAAGUUUUUGUUGUGUAGAAGGUUCCUUUUAAAAUACGGUGUAUCCAAAAUCCAGUCUACUUCUUUAGAAGCCAUUUAACACGUCAGCACUAGCAUAGUUAAACCGGGGCUUUGUUCUUUGUAUCUUUGCAUUAUUUUCAUUGCAUAGUUCACAGAUACACUUCAGGCAGGAAACAGAGAAACACCUUUGAUUUUGGUUAAUGUUUAUAUGUAAAGCCAAAACAGCCACAUCCCAAAGGGGAAAGUAGUCAGGGAGGGAUUGAGGGGUUCUCUAAGGAGAUCCAUGAGGAGUUUUCUUUAGAAG